AUGCGUGGGCCGUUCGUGUCGAGUCGCUCCGGCGAUUCCGCGACCGCUCGCCCCAAAUUCCACCUCCUUCAAGGGUUCGGCCGUCGGCCGCCACCCUUGCUGGGAGAUAACCUUGGGGCUAACACUUCUUCGCACAGGCAUGCCGAGGUAAAGUUAGCCUAACUAGGGUAUCUCAGCGAUCUUUCUGCCAACGGACGCCAAGGCACCCCAGGGCCUCCGCACGGACCUCUACAAAAAACCGAGGUAGCGGAUGUAUCGACCUUGGCUGGUGCUCGGCGUGGCGGCCGCGCUGCGGCUCCCCGCCGCGCCGUACAUAAGUCAGGACUGCAACGCGGGCCGGCGGGCGCCGCGCGCGCCCGAGCGGCCGCCGCCGAGCCGGCGCGACUGGAACGACUUCAUUCGCUUGGUGCAACACGCGCACGGCCAGAUCGCCGAGCCGGCGCGGACCGGCGUCCUUCAUUGCUCUCGUGGCCUAAUGGACAAGGCGUCGCCCUCCUAAGGCGAAGAUUGCGGGUUCGAGUCCCGUCGUGAGUAGCGUCGACCGGUCCGCGCCCGACGCAGGUGACGAGUCAGCUGGCCACGGGCGACAUCAAGGCGCUCUGCGCGGCGCGCGCGGCCGCGGCGACGGACCAGAUCCGGGACGUGGCGGCGACGGGGUCGCGGCGGUGCCUCGUCGAGCUGGGCGCGCGCGAGGGCCGCGUCGCGACGGUGCUCGCCGACCUGGGCUUCGAGAAGACCUACCUCGUCGACCGCGACCACCCGACGUCCGACGAGGCGCGGGCGACGCGGGGCGAGCGCGUCACGGCGGAUUUAAGGCACUUUGAUGUGGCGGCGCUCACGGACGCGUCCUGCGUCGUCGCCAAGCACGUGUGCGGCGUCGCGAUGGACUACUCCGUGCGCAUGGUCGCGCGCGCGCGGCCCGAGGUCUUUGCGUUCGCGCCGUGCUGUUAUUUUUCCUGCGAAUACGACGCGUACCCGGGUCGCGAGCUGCUCGCGGAGCUGGGAGUCUGCAGGGACGCGCGCGACUUCGACAUGCUCAAGAAGCUCACGCAGUGGGGGCCGAACCAGUUCUCGCCGUCCACCGAGGCCGCGGGCCGGUGGGCUAUGGACUUGAUUGAUGCGGGGCGCGUCGACUUUCUGCGGCGGAGCGGCCUCGACGCGGCGGCGCUGCCCUACGCCGACGCGCGGCUCGCGCUCGACGGGGCGCUCGAGUGCACGCUGCUGGUCGGCUGGCGGCCCCCGGACGCGGACGCGGAUGCGGCGGCGGCGUCGCCCUGGGAUACGUACCAAGACGAAAACGGCACGCCGUACUACCACAACCGCGAGACGGGGGAGACGGCGUGGACGCUGCCCGGCGAGUCCUGACUGUUAUGUGUAAGAUUUUUUGUAGAC